AUGCCCGCAACACCAGCUCACCGCAAGACUGACUCUUCAAAAUCUAGAUUAGGAAGACAGACGCUCAAGUCAAAAUCAGAUCUUAUCCAUCAGAUGCUUGAAGUUCUCGGACGUCCUGUAGUGCUGGCAUUGCUCUCAGCACUCCUUGGCUUCCUCGUCCAUCAACUGCUUUCAGGACCUCCAACGGCCAAGCUCAAGCUGCCCAUUGUCGGCGCCAAAAAGGGAGACUGGUUUCCGUUUCUGCAGGCUCAAUGGAGAAAUACGCUCAACACCAAAUAUGCGCUGCUGCUGGCGGACACCAAAUACAGAGACCAACCGGUGCUGUUUCCCACCUUCGGGGCGUCUAACCUUGUUCUUCUCCCCAGGUCUCAUGCCCAGUUCAUUGUCGAUCAGCCAGACUCCAUUCUUGACAUUAAAAUUCAAACCGACGAAAGUAUCCAGACCAAGCAUACCAUCGUUACGCCGUCGCUGGUACACGAUCCAGCCAACGUCAAGCUUAUCUCAGUCACCUUGACGAGUCAGAUCGGCAACCUUGUCUCUGAUCUAGCUGAUGAGAUUUAUGAGAGUUCAGGCACCACUGGGGCUAUCCAAGAGAGUACAGCGAAUUUUGAGCUCUUGGAGAUAGCCAUGGCCUACGCCAGAGCUGUGCCUUCGGCAGCCCUGAUCCUUCAUUUUUUGUGGCGACCGUUGCGUCCGUUGGUUGCCCCGCUGAUAACACUGCCGAUACGCUUGUACACUCGAAGAUUCGUCAAACUCCUGUUGCCCGAGGUCGAGAAGCGCUUAGUUGAGUAUGAUUCUCGGAGAAGCAGUGGCAGAGACAACCAUGAAAGAGAACCAAACGACUUUCUUCAAUGGUGUAUCCAGCAUGCCAAGGCUACUGGAAGCCCAAAGGAAUGGAAGGCAAGCCUGCUGGCAGAGAAGGUUCUAUUGUUGAACUUUUCGGCCAUCCAUACCUCCUCCUUGACCAUCACCAGUGCCAUUUUGGAGCUGGCAGCCUCCGAGCAGAAGUACAUCGACGAUCUGCGGAUCGAAAUCGAAAAAGUCCUGGCUGAACACGGUGAAGAACGCAGCGAUGAGAGCGCUGAGUACGUCAAGCGGGCCGCCAGGGCAUUUGUGACCACAAGCAUCGAGUAUAUCGCAUUUGGUCAUGGCCGACAUGCUUGUCCUGGUCGAUUCUUUGCUGCUUAUGAGCUGAAGCUGACCCUUGCUCACAUCUUGCUCAACUAUGACAUUGAGAUCCGUGGUGAUCGGCCGAAAAAUUCGUGGUAUGGCCUGAACCGGGUGCAAUCUGUCAAGGCGACGAUUCGCAUAAAAAAGGGAGGUUUGAGCCAUGGUUGA